GGGAAUAGAAACGUAGCUUUUUGUAAAAGAGGGGAGCGGAAACAUGUCUUCCACCGCGCAGCAGAGAAGAUGCGGCGUUCAGCAGAUGAGCGCAGCGCCGCCACUGAUGCUGCUGCUGCUGCUGCUGAUGCUGAUGCUCUCGGGCUGCUCGUGCAUGGACGUGCUGGUGAACAGCAACCUUAACGCACUGAACGGAUCUACUGUCAAAAUGACCUGCACGUUCACCUCCUGCUACAAAAUGGACACCAGCAAGUUUUCCAUGAACUGGACCUACCAGGAAUCGCACAACGACACGGAGGAGCUGUUCAUGACCUACUACAAGAAGAAGAUGAUGGCCGUGCGCUCGGAGCGCUUUGGCGACAGGGUGUCGUUCGUGGGGAACCUGGAUCGGAACGACCUGUCCAUCACGCUGUCGGACGUCCAGGAGAUGGACGAGGGGACCUACCACUGCUACGUGAAGAACCCCCCCGACCGCAUCCAAGGGCACGGCGUCAUACAGUUCAAGGUCGUCGCAGAACUGCCGCCGCCCAGGGACUCCACCAUCGCGGUCGCCAUCGGGGCGUCGGUGGGCGGGGCGCUGGCCCUGCUGAUCCUCUCCAUGGUGGUGGUGAAGUGCCUCCGUCGGCACCGGGCGCAGGAGCUGAUUUCUGAGGAGAAGAUGGAGGAGGAGGGGAAGCUGGAGGCGGAAGGCGUGGCGGAGGAGGAAACCAAACAACCGUAGCUGGGCCGUCUGACUGAACCAGCAUCAAGUGCUCAUCACGUCUGACAUCAUCUCUCCUGAAGACCUGUACGAACCGCCGCUUGAAUCAUUCUCCACUGUUACUACCAUUCCGUCUGCAUGUGUGUGUGUGUGUGUGUGUGCGUGUGUGUGUGUGUGUGUGUGUGUGUGUGUGUGUGUGUGUGUGUGUGUGUGUGUGUGUGUGUGUGUGUGUGUGUGUGUGUGUGUGUGUGUGUGUUUCUAUACGUCUGUGUGAGAUUGUUUUCUUUAAACUAGGCUAGGGAACACUUCACUGCAACCAAGCGUUUGACUCCAUUCCUCAGACACAUGUAUCAAACACGUGUCAAUAUCAGUGAUCGGUCAUUUCUAAUUUAGAACAAUUUGACAAUUUGAUACAAUUGUAUUUGAAUUUAAUAGGAUUGAAAUUUCAGGUACUGACUUUAAGGCAAACCAGGUCGUUGCAUGAAAAUAAUUUACCUAUAAUAAGCUUAACAGUUGCUGUGUGUCGUGUCACUCUGCUUAGCAGAUGUGGCAUGAUGGGAAACCACUGUCCCAGAACAGAUUCAGUUCUACUUUUUUUUACAUUAUCGCAUUAAUUGCCUUGGAGCCAGAGUCUCAAGCGUGUGCUACGAUAGCGACCAUUGCGUUAGCACAUGUGUGACGUCUGUCCACGGCCUGAUUUUGCCGCAUGGUCUCUACACGUGUCAAUGAUGUGUUCUUAAACAUUCCUGAAACCUGUGGAUGUGGCCCUGCAAUCGAGCAAUCGAGGUCUAAUCAACAAGAUCACUCAUAUCAAUGAAUCACGGUAGCGAUGAUCCAAAAAAUAAUACAUUCAGUUGUAAAGUUAGAGACUCACAAUGUUUGCUCUGUCAGUAGUAAUAUAAAAAAAAUGUAAGUGUCACCUAAUUGUUAAACAUGCACUAUAUAAAGAAAACUGAGCGGAGCAGCUAAAUGACAUUCACACAGUGCAGCUUCUGCUGUAUAGUACUUUUUUUUGUCUUUUCUUUAAAAUGUGACAAAGCGCAGGUAAAUCAAUGUUCUUUUUACUUCCACUGUUACAGUAUGUGAAAGUAAAGUGCAACCUCAUGCAGAUGGAUCAACACACUGCACUGCUGCCGAACUGGCUCAGUGCUUUGCACAGUCAUUCAGAGAUAAAGUGAAGUCAGUGAUAUGGAGAGAUGCCGCUGAAGCGUCCUGUAACACGGAUUCUAAGCAGAUCUCAGACUUUUAACAAGUUACAAAUAAUGAGUUCCUUGUAAUAGAAAAUUAUAAUUUGAUUGUUCGCUUCACUUACUGUAUUAUAGCUUUAAUAUUUAUAGCAGAGCUGAAUACGUUUUGCAUAAUCUGAUAUACAUACAGAUGACAACUUUUACAUCACAUGAGACGGGAGCUCGGUCCCAUUAAAGAUUGUAAUUAGGGGAAUAAAAGCAAAUCAUGCAAAGUAAAAUCAAAGAUAAUUAUAUUCACAACUGACAUGAAAGAGCGUGCAGACAAUUAGGUUAAAAAAUUAUUUGAAAGUACGUAGACGAAUUAAAUUCUGUACUAAUCUUAACGUAAUAAUGACAUAAUUUUAUGAUUUAUUUAAUCAAAUCAUUUUUGUAAAUGACCCAUUGCACCUCAAGGCAAAGACUUUAGUGUUUACGUUAAAGCUAACAAAAAGUGUACGAAUUUAAAAAUGAAUCUCUCGGUUGCUCAGUGUCAUGAAUCCAAAGAGUUUACCUCAAAACUGUAGAUGUUGUUUUGCACAUUAAAACACUGACACAUAUUUUAAUACUAGUGGUAAAGCAUGUGACUAUGAGGGAAAUGAUGAAGACAUGUUUACUGUUCAUGAGGCAACAGUAACAGAAACCUGGCAUGAGGAUUGUACGGUUGGAUAGAAAAUGUCAUUUGUCAUGCAUUUUAUGUUUGAUUCAAGCACCAUGAAUGUUAAAAAUAUAAUGUAAAAUUAUAUUCUCUAUAUUUUACCUUAUAAAAUACUCCUUUUACAUCUAAUUUACUGUACAUGUUCUAGCAUGAGAGCGUUGUUAAUCUCUGAAUGUUUUGACUAUGUUGUGAUCUGCGCCAUCACAAAUGAUGACAUCUCUGUAGACGAUGACCUGUGUGUUCCACUUACUGGGAUGUGCUUCCAAAUCUGAACGGAAAAAAAAUAAACUGUGUACAGGUCCGUGUCUAUACCAGUUACAGUUUUUAUCAUUUACACAUUAAUCAUUUAGGGACUCCAGCGUCAUUAGUAACGUACUAAGUGAUUUCCUAAAAUAUGAAAAUGCAUGUUUGGCAUAAAUAUAAUAUUUCACACCUAUGUGUUGCUCUGUGAUGAUCAGUAAUGAUAAAAAAAAAUAAACUGAUUUCUUCUAUACUUCAUUGUUUAUUUCAGUGAAGUGAUGAUUCUUGUGAAUUUUAAACACGUUUGACAUUGUUUAUUUAGUCAGUGAAGCUAAAGUCACUUUUCCUACACUGCUGUCUGAGUAAUGCUCAUGUUUAAGUUCAGACACUGGGUCCGACUCUGGGCCCACAGAGUGAUGACAGGUUAACAUUUGGGGCAAAUUUAAUGCUGCUUCCACAGGGAAGGUUGUGUUGGUCUUGUGCAGCUAUUGUAUAUAAAGUAGGACCCAAAAAGAAACAAUUCAGCAUAAACAUUAUUGAUGCACUAGAUUGUACAGUAUCAUCCAGCUCAUGGCUAUAGACUUGCCCUGAAUAGUUGCUCUUGCAUCACUUCAAACACUUUUCAGCACCAAAUGAAUGCUUGCACUGGGCUGAACAAGCAGCCGUCAUCCCAUUAUGCAUUUUGAAUAAAGGAGGUUGGAAAAUCCUAA